AUGGCCAACGCCAGCCGCGCGCGAGGCAGGGCAGGCACCGCCGCCGGAGCCGAUGCGCAUGCCGGCAUGAACACCAGCGCCGGGGAGAGCGCCAGCACCGCCGCCGGCACCAGCGCCAGCGGCAGCGGCAGAGCCAGCGCCGCCGCCGGCAUCGGCAUCAGGGCUGGCGCGGGUGCCGCGGCCAACGCCAGCGCGGGCGCCGGCGCGGGCAGGAACUCCAGCGCGGUGCCGUCGCAUUCGACGUGGGGCGCGGGCACCUGCGGCGCCGCAGUCGCGGGCAGCACCUGGUCAAUCCGCGGCGCGCCCGAGAUGGCGUGCAGGUGGCGGUGGCUGAACCACUCUCGCCUCGGCGGCCUGCUGUGCGGCUACGUGCCCGUGACCUCGACCAGCGUGCAGGCCGUGGUGCUCUGCCCCUUCUGGGGCUACGCGGCGGCCUCGUCCCUGAUCCUCUUCGGCCUCAUCUGGGGCCUGGGGGCCCACGCUCGGAAGAGCUCGGCCGAGUGGACCAGGCUGGACCUGAAGCUGCCCUUCUCCCCGCCCUGUGGGGGCUCGGCGGCCCGGGCCGCGGACGGGCUGGCGGCCACGGCGCGGGCCCCGGCGCCCGACGACCCGGGCAGGUCGCGGGCCUCCUCGGACUCGGGCAGGGCGCCAGGCAGGCCAGAGGGCGCCGCCCCGGAGAGGCGGGCGGCGGAGGCGGAGGAGACGCAGAGGCUGCAGGAGCAGCUGCAGCAGGCCCUGGAGAAGGUGGAGAAACUGGAGGGGGAGCUGAAGGCGAAGAGCGGGGGCGCCCGGCCGCCCACACCCAGGGAGAGGGCAGAAACGGCAGGACCACUGCUGGAGGAGCCGCAGCAGGACUUCGUGGAGUCUGGCGGCGAGGAGGUGGGCCGGCAGUUCUCCGCGCAGCGGGCGCAGUCUUGCUGCAGGAAUGCUGGUAACAUGUGCCGGAAGUGCCUGGGAUGCGUCGCCAGUGGCAUCGGCUGCGUGUGUGCUUUUUGCGGCAGCUGCCUGGCAACGUGCAUCUGGCUCUUUUGCCGCUGCCUGCUGGCGUGCACCAGGGAGAUCAUGAAGUGCAGUUGCGAGCUGUUCAAACAGAUCAGUACUUCAGUUUACCGCCUCCUGCUGCAGACGAUCCUGCAGUGGUGGGUCCCAUCACUGCUGGUGCUGAUCUGGAUGUUCGUCUCGGAGUCGGGCCUGAUGCAGAGAACGUACGGGUAUGGCAUCUUCGACCUGAAGAGCUUGACGGAGGUGCCGAACCAGAUGAGGUCGGUGGAGGAGCAGAUGGGCAGCGUGCCGCACCUGAUGGUCGGCUGCUCCCUGAAGGCUGUGGGGUUCAUCUACGUCCUCGCCAUGCUGCAGAUCUUCUUCCAGGUCAUGUUCCACUUCGGCGACCGGUGCGUGUCCUGCGAGGUCUUUGCGGUUGGCGCUGCUCUCAUCACCCGCCCGCGCGACGUAGCCAUUCAGGUGCUGCUGCUGCCGAUGGUCUACGGGCUGCUGUCCGCAAUCAACGUCCGAUACAUGCUCAACAACAUGUCGGCGUCGUCGACGCAGGGGAACCUGCCGGGCCUCCUCUUCUGCCACGACCAGGACGAGGCCGCCAGUGUGGCGUCUCUCGUCACGAACACCACGCUCACCUUCGCGAAGGCCACGCAGAGGGAAGCCUUCGAGUCGAAUUUCGCGCUGGCGGACAUGUACGAGGCAUGGGCGCUGUACCAGUAUGUGGAGCUCAUCGUGACAGUGCUGGUUGAGGAAAUGAACCUUCACCAUGGUGAAGGUCGGCAAGUAGGGGAGAGCUUCGGUUUCCUGUUAAAGGUGAACCUCCAGGGUUUUGUGUUCGUGUGUAUCGCUGGGGCUGUCUACACCGUCAUGAACACGUGGUGCAUGUGGCGCGGUAAUUUCGACCCAACGAAGCACUGGAACUUCCUGGAAACUAUCGCUGGUCUCCAGAAGGGGGCCCUCUGGUGCGUGUCAAUGAUUGCCAUAUACUGCAUUUUGAAGAUCGAGAUCAUCUUCGAAAAGCAGCUGCACAAACACAACUUCCAGCCAAAGAUCAAGUUCUGGACCAUCAAGAUAAUGAUAGCUUUCUCGUUCUGGCUGCAGAUCGUGAUGGCUAUCAUCCGCGACUUUGUCAGCAUGACGGAAGACCAGAGCAAUCUGAUAGACGCCUCGCUCCGAAUAUAUGUCAUGGCCGCUGUGGCUUUUCUCAACUUCUGGGCGUGGUCGCCUUAUUCGAAGUGGUACAACACUGUGAAGGUGGGCGACGCCAGACAGAAGGUUGACUACGAGGCUGGCAAAGUGGCUCUGCUGCAAGUGCCACAGAUCACCGUGAGCUUUGUUCGAGAGCUUUUCCCCGACUUGUCGGAAGAGGACGCCAGAGACCUGAACAAGGUGAAGGCGAGAAUCGAGGAGAAGAUUGGCGGCGACGCCCCCUCGAGUGACCCGCCAGGGCCAGACGAGAGGGAGAGGGAGCUGCUCCUCAUGCUGCACAAAGGCCGCGAGGUCCUUCGCCGCCAGUUCGACGAGUACGAACCUGUGGAGGACCGCACACCUGGUGCAGGAUCCAGUAAGACCUUGUGGAGGACCCCGAAGAAGCCCGACCCGAAGGCCCAGCGGGCCCCCCGGAAGUCCUUCUGGGACGCCGGCCUGGAGCACGAGGAGCGCCGCAGCCAGUUCCUCGCGCGCGUGCAGAGCAUGUACCCGCCGCAGGAGCGCCCGCCCGGGGACAAGACGCCCGGCCACGUCCCGGGCACCUCCCCGGCGGUCAAGGCCGCGGGCUCCAGGGCUGCGCUGCCGACGGGCGCCCGGUGA